AUAUGCUGUAGGCCUGCAGCAGUCACCGAGCAGGCUGCAUCCACCCGGGACACAGGACGCCAAAAAGCACCUGAAGAGCGAUGCACCCCCAAAACAUGAGGCAGCAAAACGGAAAACCACCGGCCACAUCUGUGAGGAAGCCGCUCGGAGAGAGAGCCCACAAACGGAUCUCCAUGUCCACCGAGUACCAAGAGAAGUUCAUCCCCCCGCGCUGCUACGCGGCCAUGGUUACCAGCGCCCCACAAAAAGCCCCUUACCACACGCUGAAAGGGACCAGCUCUGACAAGGGCUCGCUCAUAAGAGUCUAUGUAACCCACAAAUAUACGCACCAUCUACCGGAGGCUCCGCAGCAGUCUCUGCCCCCUAAAGUCCAACGCAGAUGCAGCAGCGCUCCCCAAAAUCCUGCGCGCUCCAUAGCCAACCAGGUGGCAGCCAUGUUUUACACAUCGGUGUACAAAGGUGAUUUCCAGGCAUGGAAUGUAAUCAAGCGGCAGCCAUUUAAGCUAACUGACAGCCUGAAAGUCAACAAAGGACUAGUUCCCCCAAUCAGCACUUCCAAACAAAGUCCCUUCCAGAAAGUUCACGUUGGAGCUAAUUGCAAAACAGUCCCAAAGGAGCUAGAACCUCAGCCUAUUGAAAGCAUCACCAGCUACCGAUCAGAUUAUGUCGCCCAUCCAGUGCAGCCCAGGAAACGCAGGGAACAGCCGGUGCAGCAAAACAAAGGUCUGCUUCAACAGGUGGCAGUGCCCCUCUACAGGGAACUCUUUGACGCAGCCCAUAAGUCAUUGGAGAACGGGUCCCCUGAAACCCAGUUCCAGGGCAGAGGUAAAGCCAAAGAGUCCAUUCAACCUGCAGAUGUGAACCAGUUCAUCUCCACAACACACGCAGACUUCCCGGCACACAAAUGUCAGCGCACCAAACUAAUACUGCCAAUGGAGCACAGAGAGAGGGCCAACGAGCCCCUUGAGUCCACAACCACCAUGAGGGAGGCCUACAAAGCUUGGGACACACCCAGGUGCAGGCCAGAGCUGGCCCGGCCCAAGAAGACAACUUUCUCACUGAUCACACAUCAGCCUAUCGAGAGCUACAACACAAACCAGAAGCCUUUCAGCCUUAAUCCCAAAGUGAGUGACACUGAAGGGUGCAAGCCCACCGAAAAACCUCCUCGUUCUGCUGAAGACGGAGGAUCUCCCAGCUUGGAUCGCACCUCCCCGGACACCGAACAAUCCAGGACGUACCAGAAGAGCUUUGGGGACAAAGCAGUGAAUUGGUUCGAUGGUGGGAUUUGUGAGGAGAGCCCAGAGAGCUCUGAGGAACACCACAUCUACAGCUACACGGUGUCCACCAAAAGCCGAGCUCUCUGAGGACACGUUACCUCAGGUAGCCUCCACCUUUGCAGCAAUAAAAGCCAUUAACAGCAGUGCUAUUAUGUAAUGGCAGCUAUUUGUAUACUAUUAAGCAUCUCACUGAUUCUCCACAGCAUAUUUGGAGUGCUUUAUAAUCUACUUAACUGAAGGUUUCCAUAUUCCGAGUAGCAAAUAAAUUCAUGAUUUAGGAAUCAAGAAGAUAUUGGACUAUUAAGCUCUAGUGUUCAAAUGAAAACGCUCCGUAGUAUUAUUUAGGAAUGAGUACAAUUGUUCCUCUCACAAACUUGAUAAACAUGUUAUAAACACCAAACAAUAGAUACUGUAAUAAU